AUGUCUCUUCUGCCAUACUUUUUCGACGAUUGGGGUUAUGGACGUCCACGCCGAGUUUUAGACCAGCAUUUCGCUUUGCCGUUGACUCCCGACGACCUUCUAUCCGUUGCUGCCGGACCAUUGCUUACUCGAGAAUACUACAGACCAUGGCUAAACCUUGCAGCGGCCGCGAAAGAUCUCGGUUCUAGUAUCAAAGCUGAUGCAGACAAACUACAAAUCAACUUGGACGUUCAGCAUUUUGCCCCCGAAGAAAUAUCCGUGAAGACCGCAGACGGAUAUAUUGUGGUAGAAGGAAAGCAUGAAGAGAAGAAAGAUGAACACGGCUAUGUUUCAAGACAGUUCGUAAGAAGGUACGCAUUACCUGAAGGUACUCAACCCGAAAUGGUGGAAUCAAAAUUGUCAUCGGACGGUGUUCUUACAAUAACUGCGCCGCGGAAGGUUCCAGAAUCUAUCAAGGGUGAAAGGAAGGUACCGAUAGCACAAACUGGUCCGGUUCGUAAAGAAAUUAAGGAUCAAAGUGAAGGUACCAGCGAUCACAAAGAAGGAAAGUGA